AUGUCGACUGUUUUACAAGUGGAUACAAAAUGGGUUAUUCCAAAAAAUAGACUAUCCGAUUUGGGUGGAAUUGAGCAGAUUGUGCAGGAGCUUAAUCAUUUGGUCUGCAUGCCGCUUGGUCAUCCUGAAAUAUAUCGCCAUCUUGGUGUGGAUCUACCUCGGGGAAUAUUACUUCAUGGACCUCCUGGAUGUGGUAAAACAAUGUUGGCUAGAGCAAUUGCUGGUGAAGCUGGCGUACCCUUCAUCUCCAUUGCAGCACCUGUUAUAGUUUCUGGAAUGUCUGGCGAGUCUGAAAAAAAGAUUCGCGAGGUUUUUGAAGAAGCCAAAUCAUUAGCACCCUGUAUUCUUUUUAUUGACGAGAUAGAUGCCAUUACUCCCAAGCGAGAAACUGCUCAGCGCGAAAUGGAGAGACGUAUUGUUGCUCAACUAUUGACAUCCAUGGACAGUCUUUCACCACAGGAUACAUCUUUUGAUGGUAGUUUAGAUGUUCAAACGGAUGAUUACAAGCAUGUUAUGAUCAUUGGUGCUACGAAUCGGCCAGACUCGAUUGAUCCAGCUCUUCGUCGUGCAGGACGCUUUGAUCGUGAAAUAUGCAUGGCUGUUCCUGACGAAAAUGCUCGCAUGCAUAUUUUGCAAAAAUUGGCCAAGAAAAUGCGAUUAGAUGGUGGGUUUGACUUUCGAGAUCUUGCGCGCAAGACUCCAGGAUAUGUUGGCGCCGAUUUGAAUUCACUUACAGCUGAAGCGGGAAUGAUUGCAAUUGAUCGUAUCAUCAACUCUCUUUCGUAUAAACUGCACGACCAAUCAGAUCAAAUGGAUAUAACAAUGAACACUCCUCUUGAUGAUACUGAAAAAACCCUCUACAUGUCUCGCUUUUUGAUUUCGCAUCCCGAGCCCAUGAAACAAGAAGAGCUUGACUUGCUAAGUAUUACUUUUGCAGAUUUUUUGGAGGCUUUGAAAAAAGUACAGCCUUCUUCUAAACGUGAAGGAUUUGCAACAGUGCCAGAUGUUAGUUGGGAUGAUAUUGGUUCGCUUGCCAAUGUACGCGAUGAACUCCGCAUGGCGGUAGUUGAACCAAUUCGACAUCCAGAAUAUUUUGCUAAAGUCGGGAUUACGUCGUCUAUGGGAGUACUUCUUUAUGGGCCACCUGGAUGUGGAAAAACAUUGCUAGCCAAGGCAGUAGCAAACGAGUCUCAUUGUAAUUUUAUUUCUAUCAAAGGACCCGAGCUUCUUAACAAGUAUGUAGGUGAGAGUGAGCGCGCUGUUCGAACUGUGUUUGCUCGUGCGCAAGCAUCAAGCCCGUGUGUGAUUUUUUUUGAUGAACUCGAUGCACUAUGUCCAUCCCGUUCUAACGAUGCAGAAUCUCAAUCGGCUUCUAGACUUGUAAAUACAUUGCUCACAGAGAUGGAUGGUAUGCAAGGGCGUAAACAAGUGUUUGUGAUUGCAGCUACCAACCGACCAGAUAUGAUAGAUCCUGCUAUGAUGCGUCCUGGACGACUUGACAAAACUCUAUACGUGGACUUGCCGAAUGCAUCCGAGCGGUAUGAGAUUCUCAAAACCCUAACACGAAAAACCCCGCUGUCUCCAUUGCUAGAUUUACAAACAGUCUCCAAUGACGCUCGAUGUGAAGGUCUUAGUGGUGCUGAUUUGGCAUCCCUUGUACGCGAAGCUGCUGUAUCGGCCUUGCGUGAUACAUUUUACACUCACGGCAUGCCUUCUUCAAAACCGUUUGUUUCAUCAGCCAGUAGCGAUAUAUUAGUUAAUCUUGAUCAUUUUUGCACUGCGUUUUCAAAGGUCACUCCUUCUGUUCAUAAAAAGGUACGGUUUUAUGUUUAUUAG